CCAAGACACCACUCUACACAAGCCAGCACCCCUCCGCUACACAACAACAAAAACUACAGGUCACCACAUCAGUUCCAAGACCCCUUUCGGACAGGACUCUAAGCGUAUCCAGACGCAGCGCUACGCCAACCACCACAAUGAUGACGAUGCCGACCACACGAUCGAGGACGCAGUCGAACCUGAACGCGAGUCUGAAGCCUGAAGGGGCCACCCCCUUAAAGAAGUUUGCCAUGAACGAAAUGCUGUCGGGCCGAAGUUCAAGCUGCACCACGAUGGCAAACGGAGCACCGGCACCACCGACGAAGCAGCUCGCGGAUCUCAAUCUGGCCAACCCAUUGGCAAGCAUCGUCCACCGAGCUGACAGAAAUGGCAAGCAGCAGCCAAUUCUCUCGUCUCGUCGCAUGUCCCUCGGAGGACCGAGCGUGAGGAAGACCCAGCCACGAAGGAGCUUCGGCAACAUCUUCGUGAAUAUAUGGUCGGCACUUAGUCUUCACGAGCAGCAGCAGCAGCAGCAGGAAGAUCUGGCGAAGGUUAAACAAAAUGCAUCGUCCACCUCCAAGGUUCAGGUUGCCGAAGAUAACAGCAAAGCGAUUGAGUUGCGCCCGAGCAUCUUGCCGCCUGCAUCUCCCAUCGAUGCCGACAAGAAGUGCCUGGUACUCGACCUGGAUGAAACCCUGGUGCACUCUACGUUCAGACCAACUAACAACUACGACUUCAUCAUUCCAGUCGAAAUCGAUGGCUCUACCCACCUCGUCUACGUGUGCAAGCGACCUGGAGCUGAGGAAUUCCUCAUUGAAAUGGCCAAAUACUACGAGAUCGUCGUCUACACGGCCAGUCUCAGCGUCUACGCAGACCCAUUGCUCGAUAAGCUGGACCCCGAAGGCACCAUUCGCUACCGUCUCUAUCGCGAGCACUGCGUUCAAUACGAGGGCUGCUACGUGAAGGAUCUAUCCUUGCUUGAUCGCGACAUCACGCAGACGAUCAUCGUCGACAACUCGCCCAUGGCUUACGCCUUUCACCCUCGGAACGCCAUCGGCUGCUCCAGUUUCUAUGAUGAUCUGAAUGACCGUGAGCUGCAGUCGAUCGGACGUUUCCUAACCAAGUUCCAAGACGUCGAAGAUGUGCGCAACCACAUGCAACAGUGGGAUGCUAACUUCUAACUCGUUUCUACAUUUCCAUUAACCAAUUUCAUUUCGUAAACGAUUGAAAAAAAUAACUUGUCCAAUUACGUAAACGCUUAUUGGCAGGUAUCCUCAAAAAUAUAUUUACCUAAAAUAUAUAUUUUCUAAAUAA